GAUCUUGUUCCAGGUUUCUUCUGGGACAAACUUCCAAAUCCACUUCAUUAUUGACGCCCAGUGCUGUCUCAAGAUCCUUUGUAAAGUCAUUCUUCAUUGCUUGGAGGGUGAAUUGCUGCACCCUUCAACAACAUCCCUUGCAUUGGCACAUUACCAACUUAGCGAGACAACGAGACAUUCUUUAUGCGGUCAAUGCAGACAAUGACAGAACAUAAGAAACUUUGAGUGAAGAGAGUUCAGAGUCUUCACUCAAAGUUUGAGCGAAGAGUCUUCACACAAAGUUUCUGAAUUCCCACAAGCUGAUGGAGUAGCUCCCUGUUUCCAAAUGAAAGGUGCGAACAGUCGAAUGGUAUUGAGCAUCUUCAGACAUCCGCAGAAUGAGGCCUUCGCAUGUGAGCGUCCUGAGAAGUUAUGCAGGAUGGCAGAAGAAACUGGCUUGGACGAAAUCUAUGUGGAGCAGGCGGAGAUCUUCAUUUGAUGAGUACCGGUGACUGGAGUGUAGAGUGGUUGUAAGCAAUGGCAGAUUCUACAGAGUCUAUAGUACCUGCAGUUGUAGAAAAUGCAUUCAGGAGUGAUCCAUAUGGAUAAAUCCUGGAUCAUAAGGAUGGGGGUUGAAUAAUCAACGAACCCCUAGGUCCUUCAUUGCACAGGAUGACCCUAAAACGCUUCCCACAAGUUUCUUGGACGCAGUAAAGAAGCAGAAGAAGAGGAAAAAGUAGCCAUUUUGAAGCUGAAAUUAGGCCACAGUUUUUUUUCCUCGAUGAGAAAUUGUAAACGUAACAGCAUUUGUGUUUUA